ACCAUAGAUAUCAUUUUUGCCCAAACUUGGUUUGAUAGUCGCUUAAAAUUUAAUAGCACGAUGAAAGUCUUGAUGCUUAACAGCAACAUGGUUGGAAAAAUUUGGAUCCCUGAUACUUUCUUCAGAAACUCAAGAAAAUCAGAUGCUCACUGGAUAACAACUCCCAACAGACUGCUUCGAAUAUGGAGUGAUGGAAGAGUUCUCUAUACCUUAAGGUUGACAAUUAAUGCUGAAUGCUAUCUUCAGCUACAUAACUUCCCUAUGGAUGAACAUUCCUGCCCACUGGAGUUUUCCAGCUAUGGAUAUCCUAGAAAUGAAAUAGAAUAUAAAUGGAAGAAAACCUCUGUGGAAGUAGCAGAUCCUAAAUAUUGGAGAUUGUACCAAUUUGCAUUUGUGGGAUUACGGAACUCGACAGAUAUCUCACAUACAUUAUCUGGGGAUUAUAUCAUCAUGACAAUCUUUUUUGAUCUGAGUAGACGUAUGGGAUAUUUUACCAUUCAGACAUAUAUCCCAUGCAUAUUAACAGUAGUUCUUUCCUGGGUGUCAUUCUGGAUUAACAAAGAUGCAGUACCUGCAAGGACAUCAUUAGGUAUAACCACAGUGCUGACAAUGACAACUCUGAGUACCAUUGCCAGGAAAUCCCUCCCUAAGGUUUCCUAUGUGACAGCUAUGGAUCUCUUUGUUUCCGUUUGCUUCAUUUUUGUUUUUGCGGCCUUGGUGGAAUAUGGAACCCUGCAUUAUUUCACUAGCAACAAAAAGGGGAAGAAGCCUAAAGACAGGAAAUCCAAACAGAAGUCAAGGAAAUCACCUGCAGUUGCAGUUCGCCCUGGAUCUACAUUGAUUCCAAUGAACAGCAUUUCUCAUCCGCAACAACGAGAUGAUGAUUAUGGAUAUCAGUGCUUGGAAGGCAAAGACUGUGCCAGCUUUUUCUGUUGUUUUGAAGACUGCCGGACAGGAUCUUGGAGGGAAGGAAGAAUACACAUCCGUGUUGCCAAAAUUGACUCAUAUUCUCGUAUAUUUUUCCCAACAGCUUUUGCUCUAUUUAAUCUUGUUUAUUGGAUUGGCUACCUUUACUUAUAAAUUUCCAUUGCUCUCAAAUAUUGACAGAGCAAAACUAAACAUAGAUAUUAUUUGAUGUAACUCAAUAACAUGAAGUUUAUUUUUUUUAACCAAAGCAGAAAAACAGCAUUACUUUGAACAUUCCAUUGCUAUCUUUCCGAGGUUCCUAGAGUUGUAGUAUUUAGAUCAAAGCUAAUUAAGCACAUAUUAAUUAUUAUUGAUGACACAGCCCUUACUAACAAUAUCAAGAUACUAUUUAUUUAUAUAUCACUUAAUUUUUAAAAUUAAUUUAUUUUCUAUAAGCUCAUUUCAAAGAUGUAAGCACUAUCUUGUGUCUGAUGUUAUGCUGAAAUAUGUAUUCCCUAUGUUUGUCUAAAAAGUCAAAUUCUAGAACUGGAAGAUGGUCCUAUUUUAUCCUAACCUUUUUUUUUCAGGAUAGAGAGAUGAUUGUCCUAAACUCAUUGAAUGUAUAUAGCAAUUUUUUUUUCAGUUCACAAGAUUUUAAGGUUUUUUUUUCUUAUAUCUACGCCCUUUACUGAAAAAAAAAAAGAAAUCCUUAUAACUAAUAUGCAUAGUAAAACUAAAAAAUUGGAUUUUGGGGGGGAGCCUCAGAUGGGGAGAGAUAUAAUAAGCAUUUGAUUUCAUUUUUCCUUUGAGCAUUAUAUAUAUAGAUAGAUAUUGUUUUUCAAGGACUUUAAGAAAACAAAACAAAAUAAGAUUAUUCUUUAUCAUGGCCUUGAGGUAGACCUGGAUUCUUAAAUGUAAGUUAGCUGUGAAUAAUCUUGCAGGUGUUACUCAAUUCCAGGCUGGAAGAGUUUUUGGUAGGGCCUGGUGACUCACUACUCUCUGAAUAUCAGCCUAAGAUUGUUUAGACAGAUUUAUCAUCACUGGAUUGGGUUCUUUAGUUAUGAUUGUAAUAUAUAUACACGUACAUGUAUAUAUACACCCAUACACAUAUAUGUUUGUGUGUAUACAUAUAUGUGUGCAUAUGUAUAUACAUAUAUAUAAUAUAAAACUCACAAAUUAGGUACUGUGUGUAUAGUGCUUUUGUAAACUGUGAAACACUGUAUGUCUGUUACUGUUGCAAUUAAGGAAAAAGUUAAUUUUGAUUCACUAUAUAUUAUGUGAUAGAAUCAAACUCUUCAUAAGGAGAACACAAGACAGUAAAGGAACAAUUCCUGACCUUCUAAAGAAUGACAUGGAAUUAGAACUUUGCAUUUGUAGAACACAAAGAAUGAUCUCAUUCUGACUUACCUAUUGUCUUAUUAUGCCUUUGGUGAUUUGGGACCCUGGAAUAAGUCAACUACAGGUUUUUAUUUUUAUUUAAUUUAAUUUUUUGGUACAAGUAAGUUGAAAUGGUGUGGCAUCUAAACCAUAAUCCUAUAAAAAUGAAGAUAUGGACAGAUAACUAUUGAAAUCAGCUAACAGUGGAAAUAAAUGUAAAAAGGCAACACCUAUCUUUAUAUUACAUAAACUCGAUGUUGAAUUUUACUCAUAACUAAGGAGUAAUACUUCUAACUUGUCAACUGUAUCUACUUGUUCACAUAUUGAUAUUUAAAAAGUGUCUGAUAUUCUGGGUGAUUAUUAAAAUAUCUUUUAUUUGUAUAGGUCAUUUAGCUUAUUAAAACAACAAUGACGACAAAUCAAGAACAACCUUGUAUGUGCUGUAUUAUAUUGUCACAAUCCUGUGUGACAAAAGGGUACUUAUUGCUAUCCUCUUUUUUAAUAAAUAAGGAAAUCAAGUCCCAGAGGUAUUGAGUGAGUUGCCCAAAAUUACUUAAGAAAUUGUAGACUUAAUUAUUACCGGUGUCUAGAUUGUCUCAUCUCCAUAGAUCAGUUAAGAUGACAAAAUGAGCUCUUGAAUAUUAGAACUUUCAAUGACUACUUGUCUAACUUAAGUCAGUAAGAUUUAGCUUAGUAUCAAUCUUUUUAAAUUUUUCUUUAGUCUAUGCUUAAUUCUAAUCUCUCCAAUAUAUAAAUUCAGGGAAAAAUUAUUAGAAUGAUUGGGUGAAUCCAGUUAUACUAUAACCUUGUCUACUAUUUGAGCUAGUUCUAGACAGGAGACAGUAUCAACAAGAAAUUUUGUGAAAGGAAGUAACAGAAUGUUUCAUUUAUAUAUCCCACAAACAUUUAUUAAUCUCCUGUGAUGUUCAAGGCUUUGUUACUAGUGCAUAAAUUUUACUGACUGCAUAUAUUUUUUAAC